CUGCGCAUGUGCGUGUCUGCUCCACGUGCAGUCGAACAAGUCAGUCAUGACCGUAAGGAAAGUUUGACAGUUUUAAGGACCCAACUGAUCCGGCUUGGACUUCAAACACGUCUUUAUUCGGGGUGUUGUGGGUCGGAGUGAGGAAUAUUUUAAGCAGGAUGCCUCCAACCGUACACCAGAGUUCAGGUGCAUCAGUCUCUCUUUAUCAUGAGCUCCAGAACCUCCUACAACAGAGGAUUCUGGUUCUGGAUGGUGGAAUGGGAACCAUGAUUCAGCAGAGGAACCUGCAGGAAGAGGAUUUCAGAGGUCAAGAGUUUAAAGAUCAUCCCAAGAGUCUGAAAGGCAACAAUGACAUUCUGAGCAUCACUCAGCCUGAUGUCAUCUACAGCAUUCACAAGGAAUAUCUACUGGCUGGUGCUGACAUCAUUGAGACCAACACCUUUAGCAGCACCAGCAUUGCCCAGGGGGAUUAUGGGAUGCAAGAGAUGGCGUAUCGGUUAAACAAAGCAUCUGCUGAACUCGCCAGGAAAGCGGCCGAUGAUGUCACAGCUCAAACAGGUUGUAAGAGGUUUGUGGCAGGAGCUGUCGGUCCCACCAAUAAAACACUUUCUGUCUCACCAUCAGUGGAAAGACCAGACUACAGGAAUACCACGUUUGAUGAGUUGGUAGAGUCGUACUCAGAUCAGGUCAGGGGUUUGUUGGAUGGAGGUGUUGAUAUUCUUCUGGUGGAGACCAUCUUUGACACAGCUAAUGCGAAGGCGGCUUUAUUUGCCAUUGAUCAGCUGUUUGAAGGCUCAUAUGAACCUCGACCCAUAUUUGUCUCUGGGACUAUAGUAGAUAAAAGCGGUCGUACGCUGUCAGGACAGACGGGUGAAGCUUUCAUCAUCAGUGUGUCUCACUCUCAACCACUGUGUAUUGGGUUAAAUUGUGCUCUGGGUGCGACUGAGAUGCGUCCGUUCAUUGAAGCGAUAGGAAAGAGCACUGGAGCUUUUGUCAUCUGUUACCCAAACGCAGGACUUCCCAACACAUUUGGAGGUUAUGAUGAGACUCCUGCUGUCACAGCUUCUCAUAUAAAGGAGUUUGCUGUGGACGGUCUUGUUAAUAUUGUUGGUGGCUGUUGUGGAACGACUCCUGACCACAUCCGGGCCAUUGCUGAAAGUGUGCGUCACAUCCAACCCAGAGUUCCUCCUAAAGACGUCUACAGUGAGUUUAUGCUGUUGUCAGGAUUAGAGCCGUUCCGGAUCGGGCCGUACACAAACUUUGUAAACAUCGGUGAGCGUUGUAAUGUUGCUGGAUCACGCAAGUUUGCUAAACUUAUCAUGGCUGGAAAUUAUGAGGAAGCUCUGAGUAUCGCUAAAGCUCAGGUGGAGAUGGGCGCUCAGAUUCUGGACAUUAACAUGGACGAUGGGAUGCUGGACGGACCGUCUGCCAUGACGCGCUUCUGUAACCUGAUCUCCUCUGAACCAGAUAUCGCUAAGGUGCCGCUGUGUAUCGACUCAUCAAACUUUGCUGUGAUAGAGGCGGGGCUUAAGUGUUGCCAGGGUAAAUGCAUCGUGAACAGCAUCAGUCUCAAAGAGGGCGAGGAAGAUUUCCUGCGGCGGGGCAGACUGAUGCGUCGUCAUGGUGCUGCUGUGGUCGUCAUGGCGUUUGAUGAGGAGGGACAGGCGACAGAAAUCGAUCAGAAGGUAAAGAUCUGUUCUCGUGCGUAUCACCUCUUGGUCAACAAGGUGGGCUUUAAUCCCAAUGACAUCAUAUUUGACGCCAACAUCCUGACCAUCGGUACGGGAAUGGACGAGCACAACAUGUACGCCAUCAAUUUCAUGAAAGCCACCAGAAUCAUAAAGGAGACUUUGCCAGGUGCUCGGGUCAGUGGAGGUCUCUCUAACCUCUCGUUCUCCUUCAGAGGGAUGGAGGCUAUCAGAGAGGCGAUGCAUGGAGUAUUUCUGUAUCACGCUAUCAAGGACGGGAUGGAUAUGGGCAUUGUUAAUGCCGGCAGUCUGCCUGUAUAUGAUGACAUUGAUAAAGAUCUGCUGCUGUUGUGUGAGAACCUCAUCUGGAACCGUGACCCAGACGCCACUGAGAAACUCCUGCUGUAUGCACAGAAUAAUGCUAAAGGUGGGAAGAAAGUGAUUCAGACGGAUGAGUGGAGAGGGAGGAGUGUGGAGGAGAGACUGGAGUAUGCACUUAUAAAGGGUAUAGAGAAGUAUGUGGUGGAGGACACAGAAGAGGCUCGGGCUCAGACCGAACGUUAUCCCCGACCGCUUCACGUGAUCGAGGGUCCGCUCAUGAACGGCAUGAAGAUGGUGGGAGAUCUGUUUGGAGCUGGGAAGAUGUUUUUACCUCAGGUGAUAAAAUCAGCUCGUGUCAUGAAGAAGGCUGUUGGCUAUCUGAUUCCCUUCAUGGAGAAAGAGAGAGAGGAGAUGAGGGCCAACGGUGAAUCAAGUGAAGAUGUGGACCCUUAUCAGGGCACAAUACUGUUAGCCACAGUGAAGGGAGACGUUCAUGAUAUUGGCAAAAACAUUGUUGGUGUUGUUUUGGGAUGCAAUAACUUCAGGGUCAUUGAUUUAGGAGUCAUGAUUCCAUGUGACAGAAUCCUGCGGGAAGCCAUUCAGAAUAAAGCAGAUAUAAUAGGUCUGUCUGGUCUCAUCACUCCUUCUCUGGAUGAAAUGAUUCAUGUCGCCAAGGAAAUGGAGCGGCUGGGUUUAAAGAUUCCUCUGCUGAUUGGUGGAGCUACAACAUCAAAGACUCACACUGCUGUAAAAAUCGCUCCUCGCUACAGUGCACCUGCUAUUCAUGUUCUUGAUGCGUCCCGUAGUGUUGUAGUGUGCUCUCAGCUGUUGGAUAAAGAUCUUCAGGAGGAGUACUUUGAGGAGAUUAAAGAGGAGUAUGAUGAUGUCAGACAGGAUCACUAUGACUCUCUGAAGGACAGACGCUUCUUGUCUCUGAAUCAGGCCAGAGAGAAACGCCUUCAUAUCGACUGGCCUUCUCAACCAACACCAGUCCGACCACAGUUCCUGGGCACACGCGUGUUUGAGACGUACGACCUGCGGAAGCUGAUGGACUUCAUUGACUGGAAGCCAUUCUUUGACGUGUGGCAGCUGAGGGGCAAAUACCCCAACCGUGGAUACCCCAAAAUAUUCAAAGACAAGACCGUGGGAGAAGAAGCUCGACGUGUUUUUGAUGAUGCUUUGAAGCUGUUGAACCGGUUGAUUGACAGCGGGGCUUUACAGGCCCGUGGGCUGGUGGGGUUCUGGCCCGCACAGAGUGUCGGUGAUGACAUCCAUCUGUACUCUGAUGAUGUCACACACCCUGUCGCCACAUUGUACGGCCUCAGACAGCAGGUGGAGAAGGACUCGGCGAGCUCAGAGCCGUAUCUGUGUCUGUCAGAUUUCGUCGCUCCUCAGGGCAGCGGUGUGCAGGAUUACGUGGGUCUGUUUGCCGUGGCUGUGUUCGGAGCAGAAGAGCUCAGUCAAAGGUUCGAGCGGCAGGGAGACGAUUACAGCAGCAUCAUGGUCAAAGCUUUGGCUGACCGAUUGGCAGAGGCGUUUGCAGAGGAGCUGCACGUUCGCGUGCGCAGGGAUCUGUGGGGUUAUAGCGUUGAGGAAGAUCUGCUCACCGCUGACCUGCACAGACUGCGGUACGAGGGCAUUCGUCCGGCUGCAGGUUACCCCAGCCAACCGGAUCACACGGAGAAACUAACCGUGUGGAAACUCGCAGACAUACAGGAGAAAACAGGCAUCGGUUUGACCGAGUCUCUGGCUAUGACUCCUGCUGCUGCUGUGUCAGGCCUGUAUUUCUCCAACCCCAGAUCAUCUUAUUUCGCUGUGGGCAAAAUUACUAAAGAACAGGUGGAGGACUACGCACGCAGGAAACAGAUGGACGUGUCAGAGGUGGAGAAGUGGUUGGGUCCGAUCCUGGGUUAUGAGACCGAUUAAAUCACUGAGACUCAAAACCUUUUAAAUCUGUUCACCGUUUCUCUAAAGUCUCUCAGUUCAACAUUCAGAUGAGACUUUAGAGAAAUGUGACUCAUUAUGGUGAAACUCAUCUUGUGUUGUUUUGAUGGUUUGGCUCAGAUUUGGGAUAUUUGGCUCAAAGGGUCCAAACAAUCAGCAUUACCUUUACACUACAGACAUGCCUGCUUUUAAUUACAUCACAGUAACAAGCACCCUUUUAAAUGGAUUUUAGAUCAAGUUAAUUAUUUAAGGGACAAAAACAAAUGUGAUUAUUUCUUUUACAGGCUUAUGUCAUUUGUAAGUUUCAGUAUUAUUUUAAUUCUGUAAGUCUUGCACAUUUAAUUGUUGUUACUUUUAAAGAAUCAGAGACAAUAAGAUCACAAUCAGCAGUCGAUCUUUCUGUUUGUAUGACAAAUGUAAAGUUGGGUUUGUGAGGUCCACAUCAUGGCAAAAAUAAGCUUUAGUAUUCAUUUUAGACUCAGUUAUGAGACAGUUUUAAUUGUUUCUUUUAGCUGUGGAUAAAAUAUUCUUUUAAAGAAACUGAUUGUGUGCUGUCUAUUAUGAUGAGCCGUCAGUAUUAUCAAAUGAAAACUGUUUUAUUAUCUGUUAUUCAUCUGUUUACAUGUAGGAGAUUUGGUAUCAUACAGUAAGAUUGAUGCUACAGUAAUGGUGAUGGCGUUUGUGGUUAUUUGACAUCACAGAAAUGAUGGUGUGUGAAUGAAGGUCUAGAUGUGAAUCACAGUUAUUAAUCUUCAUCCUGAGAUGAUCAGACACUGAUGGACACUUACUGGAUUCUUUAACCUCUUCUUCAUCUUUAUCAUUGUACAGGUUUGACUAUAUUUCUGACGGCCAAUUAUUUUAAGUAACCCAUAGUGAAAAAAAGGUUUUAGAUUGUUCUGAAUGGUGAAAUGGGCUAAUCAGACAAAUAUCAUUUAUAAAAA